ACAAUGCUCGGCAGCACUCUGGCAAAAACGGGGCAGCGCAUCCUGAAAGCCAGGCGUUCCAAAUCAAGGCAGGCUAGUAAAAGAACACAGUCGCACCACAGGAUCCAUUAGUUGAGGGCUGUCAACGUCAUUUUUAGCGCAGGCCACAUUGUAGUUACGGUGUCCCUCAGAGGGCCGUUAUGACUGUGAAACUAUAAAAAUCUUUAACCGCCUCAUCAUAUCUGCACAUGAAAUUUAUGAACUAGUUUCCGAGUCAGAGAUCAAGGUCGAUAUUGUUUUUUCAACGAUUGUUGUUUGGGAGCACAAAAUACUUGCAAUAUCUCAUUGUGAUCAUUUAUGAUUUUGGCAAAAAUUUUAACAAAAAUCAUGGAAGUUGAUGAACAUGAUAUGCCUUCGCGGGCCAUGGAAAAUCAUGCAGUGGACCGACUCUGGCCCCCAGGCCUUGAGUUUGCCACCAGCGUAUGGGACAACUGGAGAUGGGUGUCAAGAAUAUGAUUUUUUGAGUUAUACUUCCAGCAGCAAGUUACAGUUAUUGCCCAGAUGAAAGGCAGUGAUCAAAACUACCAAGUGUCAUGAGCCAGGCUGGACCACAGCCAAGAGGGGCGUGGCCACUGCCCUGGUUGGUGACACCUGUCACACACAUUGGGACUAUAAUUAGAUGGUAUUCGCCAGUCCGUUCUGUCACGAACCUCUGGUGCAAGGCUGAACCCAAAUUCAGGACUCCAAGACGAGGACAUGAUGUUCGGCGUAAUUUUAAUUCAAAGCUGAGGUCGUACACGGUGGAAGCAGUCCAAGAAGGCAGAGGUACAAAAACACUAAGCAAAGGCAGGAUCCAAAAACCCGAAGCGAGAGGUCUGAUGACUAGGAGACAAACUAUGAACUAGGACUUCACUGUGGAACAUAAACUAACUAAACGAGGUGGCACAGAAACACUGUGACGAGGAUAGCGCAACACUACACUAUUUGCAGUGGUGGAGAUUCCUACUGUCAUUGAAUGCAACUCACUAACUCAGGGCACAACGAACUGGCAAAUGCCAGUGACCAAAACUCCAACUUAAAUAAACCAUCUAAUUAAGUCCCAAUGUGAAACAGCUGUGAGCGGUGACAGGUGUCACCAGCCAGGACAGUGGCCACGCCCCUCUGACACCAAGGAAUUAUUACCAUAAAGAAAAUUGUGACCAAAAAAAAUCAUUUUUGGCAAAGAAAUGCUGGUGCCUCAUUUUGUGAGCUUGAGUGGACUUGUAGGUAAUGUUCGGAGGCCAUGAUAAUAAACGUUGAUGACUGUAUAAUAUCAGGUUACUGAACUGGUGUGUAUUACUCUUCAUUGCUUUGUAUUUUUUUUUUAAAUCUAGAAUGCUUCAGCACAUUUAAUUUUUCAGACCAUUAUAUUGAUUCAUUAUUCAUUUUGAAGUCAUCACUUUCAAUGUAUUGCAAAUUAGCUGAAGUUGGAGGGGGCAGGACAACCGGGAAUAGAUUAUGGAUGGAUGGAUGGAUGGAUGUGUACUUUGCUUAAAGUUAUGAAAAGUCACGUGUCAAGACUGGAACCAGGACAUGAGAUUUUGAAGUUUCAAACCCAAAAUGCGAAUGUGCGGGAUUGUUUGCACAACGUGCACUUCACAUGCUCGCAUGCGAAGUGAAUAAGGAUAAAAUACAGUACAGUCGCCUCACAGUUCUGAGGUCUGUGUGGGUUUUCUCCGGGCAUUCGGUUUCCUCUCACAUCCCCCCAAAAAAUGGAUUGGACACUCUAAAUUGCCCGUAGGUGUGAUUGUUAGUGCGACUGAUGUCUGUCUCUAUGUGCCCUGCGAUUGGUUGGCGACCAGUUCAGGGUGUUCACCGCUUCCUGCCCGUUGACAGCUGGGAUAGGCUCCAGCACUCGCCGCGACCCUCGUGAGGAUAAGCGGUGAAGAAUAAUGGCUGGAUGGAUAGUUGGAAGUGAUGAAGAAACGAGUGCUUGUGAGCAAACUUCUUCCUGCUACGUUGAGGCAAACUCCGCCCCUCCGGGGUCGCUCCGCUCCUCUGUCAUGCAUCGGAAUGACAAAACGCGAGUGCGGUACGAUGCGGAGGCGCUGUAGUUGAGAAACACUUUUCUUUCCCUUUUUUUUGUGUGUGUUUUCCUUGAAAACAACGAGACGCGUUUCAAGGCUGAAAUCGCCUCGCCGCUGGAAGGCUCGCUCUCCCCGCUUGAUGGGAAGGGCGAAGCGGAAAAAGGGGGGAAAAGCUCUCCGCAAGCCGAACGCCGGUGGCCGCCGCGCGGCUCCUCUUUGCGGGUAAAAUGUAGUGAGCGGCCGCAUGCACGUAGAAGGGCACGCCAGCAUUGCGACCCGAGCUCGACACCAAGCGCGACAUGACUGGCGUGAGGCCGAGUAAGAGCGUGGAAUGGCUGCAAGUGGAGUUGGAGUCCGGCGGCGCUUCUGUGCUGCUGCUCGACUGCCGCGCGCACGAACUCUACGAGUCGUCUCACAUCGAGGGCGCCAUCAGCGUCGCCAUCCCGGGCCUGAUGCUCCGCAGGUUCAAGAAGGGCAACAUUCCCAUUCGGACCAUCAUCCCCAACCACGAGGACAAAGAGAACUUCGCGCGGCGGUGGCAGACGGACACGGUGAUCCUGUACGACGAGAGCACCGUCAGCUGGCCGGACAGCGGAACGCCGUCGUCCGUGUUGGGCUUGCUUCUUCAAAAACUCUGGGAGGAUGGCUGCAAAGCGUACUACCUGGAAGGUGGCUUUGUAAAAUUCCACACCGAAUCCCCAGAACGCUGUGAGACGCUCCUCGACGGCUCCUGUCCCAGCUCCUCUCCUCCUCUCUCCUUUCUGGGUUUCGGCAAUUUGCGGAUAAGCUCAGAUUGUUCGGACGGGGAAUAUGACCGAGAACCCAGCAGUGCCACAGAGUCGGAGGAGAGCCCCCUCCCGGGCAACCAGCCCGCCUUCCCGGUCCAGAUCCUUCCGUACCUGUACCUGGGCUGUGCCAAAGACUCGACCAAUCUCGAUGUGCUGGGCCAGUACAACAUCAAGUACAUCCUGAACGUCACGCCCAACCUCCCCAACAUGUUCGAGCACGACGGACGCUUCAGGUAUAAACAGAUCCCCAUUUCGGACCACUGGAGUCAAAAUCUGUCCCAGUUCUUCCCAGAGGCGAUAUCAUUUAUAGAUGAGGCUCGGUCCAAGCAGUGCGGCAUCCUGGUCCACUGCCUGGCCGGCAUCAGCCGCUCCGUCACCGUCACCGUGGCUUACUUGAUGCAGAGACUCAACCUGUCGCUCAACGACGCCUACGACUUCGUCAAGCGAAAGAAGUCCAACAUUUCCCCAAACUUUAACUUCAUGGGCCAGUUGUUGGACUUUGAGCGGACGCUGGGCCUGCACAGUCCCUGCGACAACCGCUCCGCCGGCGAACAGCAGCUCUUCUUCACCACGCCGACCAAUCACAACGUCUUUCAGCUGGACACGCUGGACUCCACAUGAGGUUCUCCUGAACGGUGGCGGCGCUGGUUCUUUUAGCUUCUCAGCUUCCUGAAAGCCAUAUUUGAGUCCUUGUCUGAUGCCUUAUUAUGUAACUCAAGGAGAAAUGUGUUAAUCAGUAUGUGACAUUAAUACUUGGUCAUGUUCAUGUUUUGUUUUUGUUUUUUUUAUUGAAACUACUCUUUGACUGGU